CGCGGGACCGCGCUCCGGCCGGGCUGCGCCCUGCGCAGACUCCGCGGCGGCGAUGAAGCGCCCUUGCGAGGAGUCCACCUCCGAGAGCGACAUGGACGAGACCAUCGACGUGGGGAGCGAGAACAAUUACUCGGGGCAAAGUGCUAGCUCUGUGAUUAGAUCUAAUUCUCCAACGACAACAUCUCAGAUUAUGGCCAGAAAGAAAAGGAGAGGGAUUAUAGAGAAAAGACGGCGAGACCGGAUAAAUAACAGUUUAUCAGAGUUGAGAAGACUAGUGCCAACUGCUUUUGAAAAACAAGGGUCUGCAAAGUUAGAAAAAGCUGAAAUUUUACAAAUGACAGUGGAUCAUUUGAAGAUGCUUCAGGCAACCGGGGGUAAAGGUUACUUUGAUGCCCACGCGCUGGCCAUGGACUUCAUGAGCAUCGGAUUCCGAGAGUGCCUCACCGAGGUGGCCAGGUACCUGAGCUCCGUGGAAGGCCUGGACUCCUCGGACCCCCUGCGCGUGCGGCUGGUGUCCCACCUCAGCACGUGCGCGUCGCAGCGGGAGGCGGCGGCGAUGACGUCGUCGCUGGCCCACCACCACCACCCCCUGCACCCGCACCACUGGGCGGCCGCCUUCCACCACCUCCCCGCCGCGCUGCUGCAGCCCAACGGACUCCACGCCUCCGAGGCCACGCCCUGCCGCCUGUCCACCGCCACCGAAGUGCCUCCUGCCCACGGCUCCGCCCUCCUCACGGCCACCUUCGCCCACGCCGACUCCGCCCUGCGGAUGCCAGCCACGGGCAGCGUCGCGCCCUGCGUGCCACCGCUCUCCACGUCUCUCCUGUCCCUCUCCGCCACGGUCCACGCGGCCGCCGCCGCCGCCACGGCCGCCGCCCACAGCUUCCCGCUGUCCUUCGCGGGGGCAUUCCCCAUGCUCCCCCCCAACGCGGCCGCCGCCGCCGUGGCCGCCGCCACGGCCAUCAGCCCCCCGUUAUCGGUGUCCGCCACCUCCAGCCCUCCGCAGACGAGCAGCGGAACAAACAGUAAACCUUACCGACCCUGGGGGACCGAAGUGGGAGCCUUUUGAGUUCUCCUUGAACUUCCUGCGCUAGUAACUGAGUGUCCUUCGUUUCAGAGUCAGCUCGCACACCUCUGCACCCUGAAAGUAGCCAUACAGAUGUCUACAGGUCCACCAAGGAACAAUAAAGCUCUUUCAGACACAAACCUCACACGUGGAAAUGUGGUAUUAUCUUCCUUCCCCCCACCCCGUUUUUGAAUUUUCACUUUUGAAGGCAGCUUGAUAACUGACGUCCACAACUUUUGAAAACUUCACCCUUGCUUCCCUUUAGAAAUUUCCUGGAAAAUAUAUGGACUGUACCGUCCGGCAGUGCAUCCGUAUAUCCGAACAGAAGAAGAAAAAUGCCCUGAUUGAAUUCUCUUGAAACUAGAUGGGGGGUGGGGAGGGAAAAGGGAUGGGGGGGGUGUGAAAUGUCAUGUUUCAUAAGUGCCUGAGUUACUUCAGUCUUCUUCUGCAUCUAUAACUGCACAAAAGAAGAAGAGCAUAGAGGUUAGGUUAAGUAAGAAAGGGGAGGGAGAGAAGUCUUGCAUUAAGCUGCAGACAUUUCAGUACAAUAUGAGAUGAGUACUCUGUUGAAAGCAAGCAGCAGGUGUGUUUAUUGACCAAAAGGAUUGUUGAAAAUAAUUUUCAAGUUGAAAGACCUAGUUUUAUCUUAGUUCGCUUUCUUUGUACAGACUUGCCAAGUGGUGACAUUUAGUAAUGCAUUGGUAUAAGCAGUUAUUCCAUCAGUGCUCAGAUUAAUACGCAUUUCUGCCCUACCUUAGGGCCCCAGGGACUUUGUUUCAUGGCUUACAAUAUGGUGCUUCUUUAUAUUUACUAGAUAUUUACCGAAUGUACCCACAGGCAGCUGCCUACUGUGUGCCUACCCACCAGAGGCUGUUUGAUUCAUGCCAACUUGAAAAGUCUCCAGUUUGUACGUUUGGAUUAAUUUAUUCCGUUUCAUUCGGACUAUUUUUACAUAUUUAUCCUUUUCAGUUUUUCCUGGUAGGAUGUAAUAUCUAUUGUUGUCACCUUUGGAGAGAUGUUUCUGGAGGUGAUGAGACAGGGAGAGAGCAUUGGGAAAAAGAAUAGCUCCAGGUUUUCAAGUGCUCGUGAUUGUGUUUGAUCCCAAAUCAAGAUGAAUGUAUGCAAUGGGAUGUACAUAAAUUAUUUUUGUCCAUGCCUAGACUAGUACUUCAUUAUGGUGUUUUGGUUUUUUAAUUUUAUUUUGUUUAAUGACAAAAUAAUCUCUAAUACAUUGAAAUUGAGCAUGUGGGAUUUUAUGUUUGAAAGAUAAAAGACACAGCAUGUAUUAUUAUGCACUUCAUUUCUCUGCUGUGUGGAGAAAGCAAUAAAUCUUAUGAGAAUGUUAAACAUUAUGCAGAAUUAUACAUUUAAAUAUUUGUUUUAAAAUUUCUGUACUUAGUCCUUUUUUGCAUUACUUUGUAACCUUUUUCUAUGCAAAAGUCUCCAUAUCACUAAUUAAAUGAAGUCCUUUUUGACUUUUUCUGUGGAUGAGUGUUUUGCACAAUGGAAACUUGAUACGAAUUUCAAGGGAGGCCUUCCUUUACUAAUGAUUUAAACCUAAACCGUGGCUUUUCUUUUUGUCUUCAAAUGUCAUUUGAUAUGAUUCACAACUUGUUUGCAAUAGAAUGCAUCUGAGCAUGUGAGUCAGUUAAGCAUAGGUGGGUAUGACAUUAUUUGAGGUAGGAAGGGAUCAGUUUAUACUGCCUUAUCUGCUUAACCAUGGAUCUUGUGUUGUGCAAAUAAAAGAUUUCUAAAUGGGAAUAAUCCAAACAUAGGAUAAGCAGGAAUGUGUCACAGUUUUGUAACUAAAAAAAAAAAUAGUGUUUUAAAAUAUCACAUAAUACAUGCAUUCUG